AUGGAGUAUUCGGGCUCAGGGCCUCUGGGCCUUCAGGCGGCGUUCGGAGAAAUGUCCUUUGUGGGACUGGCAGGAGUUGGGUUUUGGAGGUGGAUAUAUAUGAUGAUUGACGAGGUUAUGAAUGAGGCAUUCGAGCGCAUGAAUAAGUGCAGAAGGCGGCACCUACAGCUCUCCGUAGCUGAUACCAAAACGAGUCUAAAAGAGAUAGAGUUGUUUGUGCUCAGUGACAACCAUCAGACCAAGCUAUGUUAUCAGAAUAAAGAUUGUUCUCUCCACGUUCUUGCUACGACUCCAUUUCUCUCUCAACCUCACCCGCUUUUACCUAAAAUCCCAGAGAAUCCCAUAAUGAACCACCACGUCUUCACCCCCAACGCCAUCAUCAAUGGAUCACCUUCGCAACCGCCGCUAUUAUCAUGCUGGAGAUACCUGAACGCUUCCUUCGCACUCGACCACCACGUCGUCGUCAUUCGGAAGAACGUAGUACGGAAGAACAUGGGACGAUUUCAGGCGCCGUUGAGGAAGCUUGUAAGGAUUUUGGAAAGUAAGGUGAAGGAGAUAGGAGAAAGGGAAUUAAGUGAGUACGACGAGUACGGUAACUUCUGUUUACUUCUAGCGAUAUUUUUAGCAGAAGGUAUGUAUGACAAGGAGUACACUAAGGCCCAUUCAGGAAGUAGUUUUAUGAGACAACGAAAAAAAGGUUCCCAGAAUACAGAAGUAGCUUCGUAUUGCACAUCCAUUCAUUCACUCCUCCUCCUUAAACGAGAAUACACCUAG